AACCGCUAAAGUGAAGUGAAUGGUUUUUGAAAAUUAUUUAUUUUGUUUAAAAAAAAUGCACAGACGCGGCUAUCAAAAUGUUUAUAAAAUAUAAAUGGAAAUAGCAUAUUUCGUGAUAAUAAUACUAUUGGCGUCAUAUAUAUUAUACUUAAUAUCGCCUUAUUGGAUCGUCAUACUUUCUUUCGUUAUUAUUUUUACAAUUUACUCGCAAAUAUGUAUGAUAUUUUGACCUUAGCAAUUGCAUGUGGACGUAUUUCAAAUGUUUAUUUUGAACGGUGCAAGCCAUUGCAGCUGUCCGUUUUUUAUGAAAGUCUUUGCACGGAUAGCCAAGCCUUCCUGCUACAGCAACUGUUACCGACCACGACAGUACUUCAUGACUUUGUGAACGUCAGGUUUAUACCUUUUGGGAAGUCGAAAAGCAUAGAUUACGGAGAAAACGGAUUUGAAUGCCAGCACGGCCCAGCUGAGUGCCUUGGCAAUAUGGUGCACGAUUGUGUACUGGACCGUCUGAGGCCGGAAUUAGAAAUGCCCGUGCUAAAACGCGUCGAGUAUGUCGCUUGUGAGUUGGAUAAUAUUGCCGGAGCCACCGGAAACAUGAUGUGUGUGCAGAAAGCAGGACUGGAUGAAGAUAAAGUGAACAAGUGUCUAACAUCAGAAAAAGGACUGAUUUUGCAAUUAGAUUCUGAAUAUCAAACUGAAAAACUCGAUCCUGAAAUGAUACCAACAGUGGUACUUGGUGAUACUUUCAACCAAACCUUUCAAGACAAUGCUUUAAAGAACUUAAUGGGAACUCUUUGCGAAAUAUUGAAAUACCAGACUCCAUGUGAAGCCUACUUCAAUAGAGUAGCUCUUAGUACCAUUCUUACUACGUAUGCAAUCAAUACUGUUACGGGGAACGAAACCACCAGCGAAACAAAUUAUUACACAAUAAACAAUACAAUACCCAAUACAAUUUAAUCAAAUUGUCUCGUAGAAAUUCUGCAUGUUAAUAUGUGACUAUUACAGAAUUUAAAACAGUUGAUUAAAUAUUUUUCACUUCUCAUGCUCUUAAAAUUCGUAUUUAUGCUGGGUGUAGGCUGCAUAAAGUAGGAUUUUAUGGUCUAGUGCAUAAAAUAAAAUCGUCGUUUAAG